AUUUAAUUGUGAAUUUAUUUUUUCAUAACAAAAAUUAAAAAUAAAACACCUUGAAUUCCAUUUUACUUAAAUGUUUAUUGCAAACGUAAUAUUUAGUUUAUAUAAUCGUGUAAUUAUAAUAUAAAGUACUUAAAGAGAAAAGUUUUACUGAAUUGGGGGCACUUAACUCUAAAACGUGUUAACUUAACUCCUUAAAAACAAAGAAAAUUACACUAAAAUGGAUAUUUUAACCAAAACUGUAUCAGAAAAAUUCAAUUCGAACGUUAUUUCGGACAUAGUUAACAAAAAGAGUAAAUUCACAAAUCCAAUUGUUAAAAACAUCUCUUUUGGGGCUCCCACAACAAAAGGAGAAUCUUAUUUAAGUCUUGUGACCAGAUUUUCCAUUGAAAUAUGUGAAGCUGAGUAAGAUAUUAUAAAGUUUAAAUCAAUAUAAUUAAUCCAUUUUUGUUUUUAGAUCUGACAAAGAAACUGAAACAAUCCCAAUCUGAACUCUAAAACAUGUUAACUUAACUCCUUAAAAACAAAGAAAAUUACACUAAAAUGGAUAUUUUAACUAAAACUGUAUCAGAAAAAUUCAAUUCGAACGUUAUUUCGGACAUAGUUAACAAAAAGAGUAAAUUCACAAAUCCAAUUGUUAAAAACAUCUCUUUUGGGGCUCCCACAACAAAAGGAGAAUCUUAUUUAAGUCUUGUGACCAGAUUUUCCAUUGAAAUAUGUGAAGCUGGAUCUGACAAAGAAACUGAAACAAUCCCAAUCAUCGUAAAAUCAUUUCCAAGCAAUUUAGCUCGAAAAGAAACAUUCCGUUCAGUUGACUUCUUUGAAAACGAAAUUCUAUUUUACAAUAAAGUUUGGCCAUGUUUAGAUGCAUUCCAAAAAUCGAAAAAUGUUAAAAAUCCUUUAGAUAUUGUUCCAGAGUGCCUUUCAGCAUUUACGGAUGGAAAAAACGAUUUUAUUGCAUUAACAGAUUUGUGUUAUUCAAAAUAUGGUGGAUUACCAAGAAACACCAGUUUAAAUUUUGAGCAAACCAUCGAAAUUAUUCGAACUUUCGGGAAAUUUCAUGCCAUCUCACUAGCUUUAAAUGAUCAAAAACCUGAUGAGUUUCAAAAAAUCAUUUCAACUUUACAAGAAACUUAUUUUGAUGAAAAAUUUAGAUCUUGGUACACACCGGUGAUGAAUAAACUUCUUCUUGUUUUAAGAGAUUUAAUUGAAAAGGAGCUUUCAAAAGAAUAUUUAGAUAAAUUUGAGGAAUUGAUCAAGCGAGAUAUUUAUAAAGAAUGUUGCAAAAUAUGUAAAAACCAUACUGUUUUAUGUGGAGUCACCCACGGUGAUUGUUGGGCCCCUAAUUUUUUGGUUAAAACCACCGAAACCAAUCAAUUUGAUGUAAAAAUCAUCGAUUAUCAAUUAACACGAUGCGCCCCUGUUGUUACAGAUUUAACUUUCUUCUUGUAUAUUUGCGUCGAUCCGGUGAUUCGUGAUAAAAAUUGGGAUGAAUUAAUAAAGAUAUAUUCGAAUUCCGUUUCGGAGUAUUUAAAUGAAUUGGGAUCAAAUCCCAGGAUUAUAAACGUCGAUAUAGUUGAGGAUGCAAUGAAAAAAAUUGGAAUGUUCACUUUUCUUAUGGGAACUGAAGCUAUUAUUAUGUCAGCCGCUGAAGAGAUUGCCGAUAUUGAUGAGAUUCAAGAAGUAACUACUUUGGAUAAUGUUUGGAUUAUAAAACCAAUGAGUAAUGUGGAUAAUCGCAAAAAAGCAGCCGGAUUUUUUAAGCAUUUGGUUGAUGGGAAUUAUGUUUAAAUUUAGUUUGAAAAAUAAAGUUUUAUUUUAUUAUGAAUUAAAUGAGGAUGGAAAGUGACGUUAAAAGUGA